AUGGACAUGGAUCAAUCCUUUCCUGUGAACUUCCCUGUUCUGGCCUUUGUCCUCUCUGUACAUCUGCACUGCCAUCCUCUUGCAUGGGCCGCCAUGGACUCGUGUUAUGACGAGGAGGGAGCCCCAAGCGUUUGCAUGCCCAGGUUUGAGAACGUUGCUUUCAACCGGACGGUGGUGGCAUCGAACGUGUGCGGUUCCCCGCCCGAGGACUACUGCAUGCAGACGGGCUCAACGCGAGCGUGCCACUACUGCGAUGCGUCGCAUCCCCACCUGAGCCACAACGCCAGCCUCCUGAACGACUUCCACAGGAACGAGGAACCCACGUGGUGGCAGAGUCAGUCCAUGUACUAUGGUAUCCAGUUUCCCAAAUCUGUCAACCUCACCCUGCACCUCGGGAAAGCCUUUGAGAUAACCUAUAUACGACUGAAGUUCUACGCCAGCCGGCCGGAGAGUUUUGCCAUUUACAAGCGCACAGAAGAGGACGGGCCCUGGUUACCUUACCAAUAUUACAGUGCCUCUUGUAAGAAGACUUAUGGGAAGGAUGCUAAAGGUUACAUUCGCCCAGGAGAUGAUGAAAGGACUGCUUUAUGUACAGACGAGUUCAGUGAUAUCUCUCCCCUCACUGGAGGAAAUGUGGCUUUUUCCACCUUGGAAGGUCGACCAGGUGCAUACAACUUUGACCAAAGCAUUUUGCUGCAGGUGAGCAUCCAUUCUACUAUGUUCAAUGCCUUACUAUGA